AUGCUGUCCCGCUGCAUCCGUCCCGCCCUCACCGCCCAGCGCGCAGCACCCGCAGCUCAGCGCGCCGCGGCCCUCUCGUCGUCGUCCAAGGCGGCCCUCUCGCGCCCCUCGUCGUCGGUGCGCAAGACGGCGCUCGACGCAGCGCGCGCUUCGGCCGUCGCGUCCGCCCAGGGAUCGAAGAGGUUCGCUAGCAGUGCAGAGGGCAGCAGCGAUGGUUCCGUCGAGAUGACCGUCCGUGAGGCGCUCAACUCGGCCAUGGAGGAGGAGAUGACCCGCGACGAGACCGUCUUCAUCCUCGGCGAGGAGGUUGCGCAGUACAACGGUGCCUACAAGGUCACCAAGGGUCUCUUGGACAAGUUCGGCGAGAAGCGCGUUAUCGACACCCCCAUCACCGAGGCUGGAUUUUGUGGUCUCGCUGUCGGCGCGGCCUUUGCUGGUCUCCGCCCCAUUUGCGAGUUCAUGACUUUUAACUUUGCCAUGCAGGCGAUCGACCAGAUCGUCAACUCGGCAGGCAAGACCUACUACAUGUCGGGCGGUAACGUACCCUGCCCCGUCGUCUUCCGUGGCCCGAACGGUGCCGCCGCCGGUGUCGGCGCGCAGCACUCGCAGGACUACGCUGCCUGGUACGGUCAGAUCCCCGGCCUCAAGGUCGUCUCGCCUUGGUCGGCUGAGGACUGCCGUGGUCUCUUGAAGGCCGCCAUCCGCGACCCUAACCCCGUCGUCGUGCUCGAGAACGAGAUCAUGUACGGCCAGACCUUCAAGGUCUCGAAGGAGGCUCAGUCGACCGACUUCCUCCUCCCGAUCGGAAAGGCCAAGAUCGAGCGUUCCGGCAAGGACGUGACCAUCGUCGGUCACUCGCGCAUGGUUGGGUUUGCGCUCGAGGCGGCGGAGAUUUUGGCCAAGGAGGACGGCGUCGAGUGCGAGGUUAUCAACAUGAGGAGUAUCCGUCCUCUCGACAUUGACACCAUCAAGGAGUCGGUCAAGAAGACCAACCGCCUCGUCACCGUCGAGGGAGGAUUCCCCAUGUUCGGCGUCGGAUCGGAGAUUGCGGCCCAGAUCGUCGAGAGCGAGGCGUUCGACGCGCUUGACGCACCUAUCGAGCGGGUGACGGGCGCCGACUUGCCCACGCCUUACGCUGCGUCGCUGGAAAGCCUCGCCUUCCCCGACUCGUCGACCAUCUUGAAGGCCGUCCGUCGCUCGCUGUACCGCGUGUAG